CAAGCGCGCCAACGCUUCGUGUCACCUGGAUUCGCCUCAUAGCAUAUAAAGCCUGCAUGAGGCAUGAGAUGAGUACCCAUCCACAACAACAAGUAUGGCCGACACGGGCGAGCAGAUUCGGCUUCUUUCCCGACACGAUCUCCCAAACGUGCCCGGCUUCUCCCUCGUCAUGCUCCAGGUCACCUACGCACCUGGCGGCUACACACCGCCGCACACGCACGGCGCCGCAUUCUGUGCAGUGCAUGUCCUCCAGGGUUCCAUCCAGAGCCAAGUGCGAGGCGAAGAGCUCAAGACCAUCAGCGCGGGAGAGAGCUUCUGCGAGAAUCCAGGCGAGGUGCAUCUGCUGGGGCGCAACGUGAGCGAGACGGAGGAGGCGAGCUUCGUUGCCGUCUUCAUCGCCCCUUCCUCGCAGAAGGAGUUUGUCAUCUAUGACUGUCCGCGAUGCAGAGUCGCCAAAGACUCGCUGUGAUUCGGUAGUGCGGCUUACAGUACUGUACUUCAGACUCUGCCUCAGAGCACAGAGACGCGCGACCUCUUCUUGAAGCAAGGAAUGACAAUCCGUUGGCGCUG